AUGGGUGUCACUUAGAGUCUUCACAAACUUGUGUGAUAUAUUGUUAACAAUUGGAUGUGUUAGAAGACAUAUUUCACACAGUGGGACAGUUUACCCUACGACUUGAAAGCAAAAAGAAUUAAAUAUUUGAGGAAGUUGAGAAAAUACAAAUAAAAUUAUAUAUACUGAUGAAACAUAUAUUCACAGUUCACAUAAAGUACCAAAAACAUAGGACUAUAAACGCUUCAAAGCACCUGAGUCUAAACUAUACCAAUCAAAUAAAAUUUUAUUAUUUUUGUUUCUUGUGAAUUUAGUAUAAAGAAAAGGUAACGAAUUUUCAGUAUUCUCUUUUUCUAUAGUGAAUUGUAAAUGAGAAUCAAAACUAUUGAAGUAAAAUAGUAAAUUAUCAAUUUCAUUGUAUGAAAGGGAUAAAAUUAUAUUUUUGAUUAAAUCUUAUGAUUUUAAAAAUGAUCAUUAUAUUAAAGACUCCUUUAAAAUCAAUGAAACUUUUAAUAAGAUGAUAUUACCACUGAACUAUGUAUUAUUAGGAUUUGAUGUAAUAUCCCUAUUAAUAUAAUAUAUUCACUUAACCCUUAGACUGGAACACCCUCGCCAUCUCUUAUAAGAACACAUGUCUGAGAAACCGGUAGUUUUACUUUUAAUCAAAACUUUACACUAUUGUCUUGUUUCUUCUCUGACAACAAUAUUAUCAUAAUUCAUUAAUUUUGAACAACUUUUAGAUUUAAUAUUCCUUACAUGAAAAUGUUUUUUUUUUAUUAUAUACUUUCAUAAUAUUCCAUUAAAUAAUUAGGUGCCAUUAGUUUUGUCUUCAAAUGAACUAACUAAAAAAUGCUUGAAAUAAAGAUAACUAACAACUAAAACUGUUAAAAAAGGUAACUAAAAUAAAAAAAUCAACAUAUUAUUAAAUACAAACUGUACAGUAUUUAGAAAAUCUAGGAGUUGUACAAUCGAUAUCAUAGAAAGAUAAAAAUACCAGAAACACAAUAUAUGAAAAAAAGAAUAUAAAAUAAAAAAAGGAGUCAUCAAAGCGCAACGCCAUUAGCAAAAUGUUGCAUGUCUUUUCAGACAUAACUGCCCUGUAUAUAUGUCUGCCAGUGAGAAGAGUUGAAAACAGAUUUUAGGGAUUCUCUGGACGACUUGUAAAUGCAUGAAAGAAUCAAUAAGCCAAAAAGAACUUUUAUCUCGUUCGAGUAAAUUCGAGUAAUCACUUAUAUUUCUCAACUCAAAAUCGGUAUGAGAGACCGACAGAAUCACUUACAUUAACAAGAAUACCGCCUUGUGAGACCCUGUGUAUCUUUGAAAAUCGUGCACUAUGACCGUGGGGGUUGGAGAAUUCGAAAACUUACGCACUUUCUACUUCGACAGGACACACACUGAGACUAUUCUAGAACUUCAAGCUCAACAGUGAAACAGUGCGAGUUCUACUGGAGUGAAAAGAAAUCAAACGUGCCUAAUAGACUGGUGUUUCCUCAGAUGCAAGUUCAGAUAUAGGUUAUAUAUGUCAAAAGCUAACUUCACUCUUAUUAUGUUAAUUUUACCGCCAUUUAUCUAGUUAUAAAAUGUUUAUAUACUGUAUAUAAAUAUUUUCUUAGGAUAUUAGUUUUUAAAUACACCUUUAAAAUGGAUAAGAAACAGUUUGAUAUUUUCUUUAAGGAACUAUUAAAGUUGAAGGAAAAACUAAAGUGUCCAAUUUGUUUUGACUUAAUGGAAGAACAUGCUGAAUUGGAGUGUGGUCAUCGAUUUUGCUUAAGUUGUUUUACGAAACACAAAAGUAUUUCAAUUAAAGAAACAUUAUGUCCCCUCUGUAAGGCUCCUGUAAAAAGAAGGUCAAUCAUCUACAAGGAUCUAUUCGCAGAUAAAAUGAGUGGUUUUGUUUUUGAUGUUUGUAAGGAAAUCGAAAGCAAAGAAACACUAAACCAAAUAAAUGUCAGUAGUAAUUCCGAUGAUAAAUGUGUUGAAAAACUUGAUUCAAAAAAUGAGAUUUUGAAUCAGCCAUCUACAUCAAAAAAAAAUUAUUCCAAAUGUGGCAAGACUUCUAAAAUGGAUAAAGAUGAGGGAAAAUCGAGAGGGGCUGAAAAACAAGAAAGAAAUAAUCUACCGAAAACAUCUACGAUUAGUCAAAAGUCUAUUUCAAAAGAUGAAGCUUUUGAUAAACUAUUGAAACAUACUCAAGAACUGCGUGUUAAUAAAAAAGGAAAACAAUACAAAAAUACAAAAAGAGUGAGUAACAAGAAGGAAUUAGAAUACAAAAUUCUUGAUUUUCACGAUGAUGCUAAUAAAGAUGCAGUUCUUCACUGGUUAAGUGAUACUAGAAAUCAGUUUAGUAGAUUAACUCAAACUCAAUAUGUUUAUGGAGGACAAAAAUCUGAAGUGAAUAGCCUGGAAUUGCCUUCGGUAUCACAAAUAGGUUGGACUAAGGGAAAGAAAUCACAUUUUCCUAGAGCAAAGUCUUUGGAUAUACAAAUUAAGCGAAAAAGAGAAAAACGAAGAUCUGCUGGAAGCUUUACAGGAUUAGAAAACAAUCAGAUCGGGAAAAUUAAUAAGGAAGAUGAUAUAGUUAAUAAAGCCAAAGAAAAAGUUCUAUUACAAAUUAUGGAAGAUGAAUAUUUAAAUGAAAUGGAAGGUGAGCUAGAACAUUUGAAAAAAAUGCCCAAUAAUCAGGAUACGUCAACAGGUUGGGAGAGGAUUGAAAAAUUAGCGAAAAGUUUAAAAAACGAAAACAAGGGACCUAAAAAACUCAAUGUCACUGUACAACAUAUUAAAAAUACCAAUAAUAACAAGAAGGUUGAAAAUGUAUCAAAGGUGGAUGAGGGUGGAAAUGAGGAACAGUUGCAGGUACCAACAAUCUCUGAAUCCAAUGUUUGCUACAAAAAAGAUCAAGUAUCUACAAUUUUCUAUGAUUUAAAUGAGUUUGAACAUUAUGCAGAACAAAAUAUGGAGCCAAUUCUAAAGGAAUUGAAUGCUUCAAGUACUUCGCAAAGCAUCGAUGAAGAAAAACACUCAAGCUUAUCAAAUAUUGAUAAAGAAUGUGGGAAAAACAUAGUGGUACUAGAAAAUGUUGUUAUUAACAAUGCAGACCAGGAUCCUUAUUUAUUACCGACACAAAAAAUAAAUAAUUUAGAUAACAGUACGGAAAACAAAGAACAAAUAAGUUGCACAAAUGAUAUAGUACUGGUAAAUGAGUUAGAAAGUUUUGAAGAGGUUAUGAAUAUACUAAUUAACGAUUUAAAAUUGUAUUCAGACAAUAAACGAUUAACCAAGAGACAUAUAAAAAGUAUCGAAAACUAUUUAGUUAAAUUGAACAAUUUACAUAUUGAAUCACAUUCUAAACAAGUAGCGAAACAUGUUGAUCGAGAUACUCAAACUGAAAAAACUGUCGUCGAUAUUGAAGUACAAACCGAAGUUAUUGAUACGGUGAACUCCGAAGUCCAAACUGAAGAUAACAAAUAUGAUGAUAUGGAAAUAGAGACACUGCAAGACAAUUAUGAUAAAAAUAGUGAUAGAAAUCAUUCUAUUGAUAAUUUUGAAGGUAUCACUAGAACAAAUAGCAAAAUAAGUGAUUUACCCAAAGUAAUACAAAAUCAUGAUUUUGGGGCCACUCUUGAGCUCAUGAAUUUCGAAACGCAAGAAUUUGAAAAGCAAUAUCAGCAAAAUAUUAUAGCGGCAGUUCCAGAGGAAAAAAAUUUAAACAUGCAACAGCAGGAAAGGGUCAAGAGUCCUAGCACUAUGAACUUUGAUAAUAUUGAUCAGAAGGAAAAUCCUCAAUAUAAGACGAAGGAUCUAUUAGAAAGUAACAUAACAAACAAGCGUAGUCAAAAUCCGAAAAGACGUUUAUCAGAUAGCGAUUCCUCUGAUGUAUUAGCCGUACCAAAGAAACGUUGUAAUCGAUUUAUUAGAGACGAUCUGUCCGUGGAAUUCGACUCGUUGGAAAAUCCACACAAACAGACGAAAACCAGGACAGAUGUUUUUAUCGAUAGCGACGAUGACAAUAACGAGGAUUAUUUGGACAAAGUGCUGAAGAAAUAUGAAAACCUCACUUCUCCAUUGCCGCAAUAUCGGAAAGAAAAUUCAAAUCUGGGAAUAGUAACUCGUUCGAAUGAGAACAUAAAUUCUAGUAAAUCCGAACACGAGGAAAAUUUGUCGAGAUUAGAAAAUGAUUUAAAAGAAACAGAAUCUUCGGAUAUAAUAGAUGAAACUGAGAAUAUUGGACCGAGUAUUAAAAAGACUAAAUUACCCAAUGAAGGUAACGAAGGUAACGAUAGUCCCGUUAAACCCACAAAGUCUACUUAUUGUCAAGAAUUAGAAGAUAGUUUCGACGAGAUGAAUUUUGCUAAUAUUCCUAUUGAAAAUUUAAAAAAGAAGGAGAGUGAAGAGGAUUUGUUUUCCGAUGACGAUUACGUUGAAACUACUCCGCCGCAGCAACAACAACGAGAAAAUUGUGGAAAAAGAUCUCUGACCGCUGUAGCAAAUCUGAUGACCCGUUACACUGCUUUAGAUGAUGUAGAUAAAGAAAUUAUCGAAAAUUUCGAUACGAACUUUGCUCCGCUUUCGCCGCCCCCUGGGUUUGAAGACGAUAAAAAUACUACAGCUCCAGAAGAAGUAACCGUAAUCGAUUUAAACGAUACAAAAAUCGAUCGAGAAAAAGAGUCAAAUAAACUAUCGGCAAAUGAAAUAUUUAAAGAUAAAACGGAACCAAGAAUAUCUAAAAUGGUAACUAGUACUCCUGGUAAAUAUGUUCCGUUACACGUAGAUAGACGGAAAAUGUUACAUAGUACGCCGAUUUCACAAAAUACUUUCUCUACGGACACUUUGGGUUUUUCACCGAUAUUAGAAGAAAAAAGUGCGUACGAAAAAGCAUUAAAAAGCAACACAUUAAUAUCGAAUAUAAGUCAGGAAAGCCCGCGCAAUCGUAAUCUCUUAACAAGCUCUCCGAAACAGAAAAGUAUAUUGAACUACAUCAAACAAUCACAAACUUGUAAUUCAAAUCUUCUCGAACGAAAACCGUGCAUAGCAUGCACUAGAUUAAGCAAAGAUCAAGUACAAAGUAUUUCUCUUUUGACCAAUAAGAAGUUAGCUACUUACAGUCCCAAAUUUACCAAUUCAGUUACUCACAUGAUCGUUACUGCUGAUGACAGAAUGCGAAUAAAAGAUUACACUAUGAAAUUCGUAUCGGCCGUUGCUUCGGGAAUUUGGGUUUUAGGAUUCGAAUGGAUACAAGAAUGUUUGAGAACGAACAGCAUCGUACCAGAAGAACCUUAUGAAGUUUUAGACGAUGCUGGACAUACCGGACCAAAAAUGGCUAGAUUGACACGACUGGAACAACCCCUAUUUAAAAACUAUAUAUUUUAUUGCGUGAGUCCUCUUUAUUCUACAACAGUGGAAGAUGUCGAGGAAUUGAUUAACAGACUUGGCGGCGUAGUGGUUAAAAAUCUAGAAAAUCUGAAAAAAAACGUUGGAGGAAUCAAUUUAAUCAUAACUGAAGGAAGAUCCACGCAGGAUUUUGAAAUUUACGAAAGAUGGCUGGAAAAAUAUGAAGUGGUUACUGUAGAUAUCGAAUGGUUAAGUAGAUCCGUGGGACGUUACAAAAUUCUUAGCGUGAGACCCUACUUAUGGUGUUCUGAUGAUAACAUAGAAAAACUUGGAUACCCCAUUGACUUGAUAGAAAAUACUUGUUCACUUUCAGAACCAUUUUAGAUAUUAAUGUAUUUGUGAUACAAAUAUAAUUAUUUUUUUAUGUUUUGGAAAUAUAUAAAAAAUCAAUUUAUUUUGUUAUAGAUAUCAGUGUUAGAGAUUUAAUGUUAACGACAAAGUAUUAGAAUUAGAAGCAAGUUCGGAAGAUUAUUUUGGAGCUGUUUUAAAACCGAGAUAAUAAAAUUUCAAAUUAAAGAAUU